UUUCCCCCUCUUCUCUCUCUCUCCCAUCUAAACCAAAUUCACAAUUCAAAUAAAAAUCUCACAUCUAUCACAAUGGGUGUCACCAAGACUGUCAUCUCCCCUGGCAACGGCCAGCAGUUCCCCAAGCCGGGUGAUCAGAUCUCCAUGCACUACACUGGUUGUCUGUAUGAUGAGAACGCCCCUAACAAGAUGGGCAAGCAGUUCGACAGCUCCCGUGGUCGCGGUGCCUUCAAGACUGCCAUCGGUGUUGGUGGUCUCAUCAAGGGCUGGGAUGAGGCCGUCCCCCAGAUGAGCGUUGGCGAGAAGGCCAUCCUGACUAUUUCUCCUGACUACGGCUACGGCCCCCGUGGUUUCCCUGGCUUGAUCCCCCCUAACUCGACCCUCGUUUUCGAGGUUGAGCUGCUCGGCAUCAACUAAACCAACCCAGCUAUACUAUCUUCAUUCAAAUAAUAUAGCAGGGUUGCAAAUCAAAUAAAUGGAUAAAAACGGCGGC